AUGCUGCUGCUGAGGAGGAUCGCACUCGCAUCUCUGCUCUGCCUCUUUCUCACGUCCUGUGGAUUGGCCUGUGGUCCAGGCAGGGGUUAUGGGAAGCGCAGGCACCCCAAGAAGCUCACGCCGCUGGCUUACAAGCAGUUUAUUCCCAACGUGGCUGAGAAGACUCUCGGCGCGAGCGGCAAAUACGAGGGCAAAAUCACGAGGGACUCCGAGAGGUUUAAGGAGCUCACGCCCAACUACAACCCUGAUAUCAUCUUCAAGGAUGAGGAGAACACGAACGCGGACAGGCUGAUGACACAGCGCUGCAAGGAUAAGCUGAAUUCGCUGGCGAUCUCGGUGAUGAAUCAGUGGCCGGGGGUGAAGCUGCGUGUGACGGAGGGCUGGGAUGAAGAUGGAAAUCACCUGGAGGAGUCACUGCAUUACGAGGGCCGCGCGGUGGACAUCACCACGUCUGACCGCGACAAGAGCAAAUACGGCAUGCUGUCCAGACUGGCCGUGGAGGCGGGGUUCGACUGGGUUUACUACGAGUCCAAAGCACAUAUACACUGCUCCGUUAAAGCAGAAAACUCGGUGGCCGUUAAGUCCGGCGGCUGUUUCCCGGGCUCCUCGACGGUGCAGCUGGAGGACGGCGGGACGAAGCUCGUGCGUGAUCUGCGCGAGGGUGACCGCGUGCUGGCGGCGGACGAGCAGGGACGCGCGGCGUUCAGCGACUUCAUCAUGUUCAUGGACAGAGAGCCGCGCGCGCGGAGACAGUUCAUCGUCAUCGAGACGGUGGCGCCCGCGAGGCGGCUCACGCUCACGGCCGCGCACCUCGUGCUCGUGCGCAACGGAAACUCUACCGGCUCCUCUCCGCUGAUGUCCGCGAGGUUCGCGAGCAGCGUGCGUCCCGGGCACGAGGUGUUCGUGUCCGAGGAGAAAGAGCAAGGGGACGGGCGUCUGCGGAGCGCGCGCGUGACCCGCGUGCACACCGUGGAGCUGGAGGGCGCGUACGCGCCGGUGACUGCGCACGGCACGGUGGUGGUGGACCGCGUGCUGGCCUCGUGCUACGCGGCCGUGGAGCAGCACCGCUGGGCGCACUGGGCGCUCGCGCCCGCCAGACUGAGCCACGCGCUGGCGGCGUGGAUGCGGCCGUACUGGCAGCGCGCGGCAAAAAACAACACCGUGACAACACCGGAGACAGAGGAGGAGGAGGAGGAGGAGGAGGGGAUGCACUGGUACGCGCGCGCGCUGCUGCGGGUGGGCACGUGGCUCCUGCACCGAGACUCAUUUCACCCACUUGGGCUCGCAGACACAGAGACCAGCGCGAGCUGA